GAUCAGAUUAAUUGAACUUGUUUCAUUUACUUUGAUUUCACAUGCUUGGUCAUGACAUAAGAAUUCGUCGCGUAACUUUGGUCCAUGACCACUUGUAUAAACAUUAUGAACAAUCACUUUGCCUUUGGAAGUCUAUAAUUUCAGCUACUGCAGUAUUUGUCGUUGUGAUGUAUGAUCGCGACAUCCCGGUUCUGUUCCAGGUUCGGUGUAUUUAAUUCCGAUUGUUAUUAAUUACACACAAUGACCCCCGGGAACCGAUCGUCAGAAAUACUGACUGUUGCAAUUGUGUUAUUGUUUAUACUAGCUCAAUCUGUUUUGCGGGUAACUCAUGCUGCUAAUGCCGAGCCCGAAAACAAAACGGCAGUCUCAUCGGUGGAAUUCUCUAAGACAUACGACAGUGCAUUUAUACCUUCGCCAGGAGCGUCGAAAAAGGCUGACCUUUUGAAAAAUGUAUUCGGUAUACCGGCAGUUUUAGCCGCGUCUACGCCAAAGCCAACGGCAGCGCUAUCGCUUCAAAAAAGCGCCAACUUGGCAGAUAGCGAAAACAUGCAUCUUCUUAACUCCCAAUAUUCAGCUGUUGCUUCAAUGGAAGACGAUGGUAGCACACGUUCCACAUCGUCCAACGGAACCGACACAUCCGGGAUCCGAUUUUUGGAGCUCCCCAGCAGCAUCAGUAAUGUUGCAUUAACCGGUACCGGAAGCAGUAAACGAAAUUCAUAUGUAUCUCCGGACCUGAAUAUUACUUACGCCAAUUACAAGCCAAUCAUCUAUGCCACGACAGCGACCACGAAAAGAUACACAACAAAGAAGAUCCAGAGAGCAACGCCGGCACCGGUGAGGUUACUAAGCCCAUCGUCUUACGAUAUCAUCACGGCGAAAAGUCAGCGCGAGAGCCGGGCGGACGACUACACGGACAGCGAUUCCAGCGUGCCGGUGCAAACCAGUUACAAAACCGCUCAGAGUGGUACGACUUCUGGAGCGGCCGGCGAGGACGGCAACUAUGGUGACGGAUACAAUCUGGGGUAUAUUGCUGCAGCAGGAGAAAAUGCCUACAGUGGAUGGGGAGGGAAUGACUACGGAGGAGGUGGAGGCAGUUACGGUGGGAACAGCUACGGCGGCGGUAGUUAUAGUGGUGGCAGUUACGGAGGGGGUAGUAGCGGCGGCGAAGCGUACCACGGAGGUUCUUCCCAGUCUGGCUACGGUGGUCAUGGCUGGGGAUGGGGAGGUUCCGGAUGGGGAAAUAACGACCAAACGUUGUUGUACGCCCUAGCCAUAAAGUACGCAAAUUUACGGGACAGAUACCAAGAUGACAUUGAGUACAGGGACGCCCUUAUUGCUUCUAUGCAGAAGAAAGGAUUAUUUGGAUAAAUCAUACAUUUGAUUGCGAGAUAACUGUGUGAUUAGGGUCUAUGUAUUAUUUAAUUAUCAGUUCUUAAAUAUACAGAAUAGUCGUAUAAAUAAA